UGAUCUAUAUUUCCACCCUAGUAUGGUAUUUUCUUUUCUUUUUCUUGAUUCUCUUUGUUUAAUCGAUUCUUGUUAUUUCAAUAUGAUAUUGUUUGCAGGAAUUCUAUGAUUGUGUUUGAAUUGAUUUGUUAAAGGUGGGAUUUUUAUUCUUUGUCUUGAUAUAAAGGGAAUUGAUCCUAGUUUAUAUAUUGUUUUUUUUAGAAGAAAAAUUGAUCCCAUUUCUGAGAAAGUUGCUUCAUUUUAGGUUGUUGAGAUUGGAGUUUAAAAUGAGGAAAGUUGUAAUUUUUCCUAUUAAAGUGUGUUUUAGGACAAUUUGGAAUCAUCCAUUCCUUGUGGGUAUGUUGUGUUUCUUGGCAUUUUUGUACAAAUCAUUUCCUUUUGUGUUUUCAAUCUUGGUGUCUGUUUCCCCUAUUCUUGUCUGCACUACUGCAUUGCUUGGAACUUUACUAAGUUAUGCUCAGCCUAAUAUACCUGAAUUCGAAUGGAAAGAGAACACAAUUGAUCAUCUAGUGCCUUUGGAAACACGAGAUGCUAUUCGUGUUGAGAGUGAUAAUAGUUACUUCACCGAAAGAUGUAAUGAUCAAGAGAGGGAUAAAGUAGACCACUCAACGCGUAGUGAGGUUCAUAGGGGUAAAAGGUUUGGAGGAGUUUUAGUUGGUGGAGUUUCGGGGCAAAUGGCAAGGGAGUUUUAUGAGAAUAAGAAUGAAGAUAAAUUUAGUGAUGCUGAACUUGUGGAGAAUCAUUAUUCUCCAACUUCAAAGGUUGAUGAUGAGAGCGUUGAGUUUGAUAAUGACAAAUCAGUAGAUUCGUUUGAUUCUAGGAGGGUUAGUCUUGAUUCUCCUCCCGGUUCUUGGAAACGUAGGGAGGAGGCCUUAUAUUCGGGGUCUGAUGGAGCCGAGAGCUCAUCUCCUGAUGCUUCAAUAGCUGAUAUUAUGCCAAUGCUUGAUGAGCUACAUCCACUUUUAGAUGAAGACAAUCCUCAACCUAUCGGUUUGUCACAAGAUGUUUCUCAUGCUCCCUCAGAGAGUUCUACCAAAUCCUCCGAGAGUGAUGAUGAAUCUGAUGAUAUUUCUGAAGACCAGGAAGAAGUAGAAGUUGCGGAGGAUGAUGAUGAAGAAGAAGAAGAAAUUCAAGAUACGGAAGGUCCAAAGUCUGCUAUUACAUGGACGGAAGAGGAUCAGAGAAAUCUAAUGGACUUGGGAACCUCCGAGCUAGAAAUGAAUCAACGAUUGGAGAGUGUUAUUGCAAGGAGAAAAUCACAAAAGAACAUGAGUUUUAAAGAUGAAAAGAGUUUAAUAGACUUGGAAACUACUGAUUUCAUUCCUCCCAUUUCAACAGCAAGACAGAACCCUUUUGAUCUACCUAAUGACAACUACGGCCCUGAACUUCCUCAAAUCCCUGGAUCUGCUCCGUCUAUUUUGUUGCCAAGGUAUAAGCGGAAUCCAUUUGAUCUUCUUUAUGAACCAAGUGAAGAAAAAACUGAUCUUACAAGAGAUACUUUCGAACAAGAGAUUAUCACAUCUCAACCGAAAGAGACAUUUUUUAGGAGGCACGAAAGUUUUAAUGUCGGGCCCUCAAUCUUUGGGUUGAACAAGAAAGAUACACGAUUUAGACCUUAUUUUGUUCCUGAUGUGAUGGCUGAUGAAGGAACAAGUUAUUCACCAUUUCAAAGGCACCCUAGUGAUCUUAGUGAUUCUAAAGCAAGUUCUGUUCUUGAAACGGAGUCACAAGGCUCAAUUGAAGAUCUGGAAUACAAGAACCUGAAUGAAGAAGAUGUAGAAGACAAGAACCUAACAGAUGAACCUAUGCCAGAGCUGAUAUCGAAGAUAGAACAUGCUACCGAUGAUAUUGGGCAUGGAAGCCAAUCCUCUGAAGAAGUAGAAUGUUUGGUCUUAGGUGCAUCUGAUAAAAGAGGUAUUGACACUGAUGUUAAACAAUUAACUACGAAAAAUCAUCAUGAAGUAGUACCAAUUGUGUUCCAGGAAGAAACAACCACGGAACUUGAUCCAUCUAAAAUUUGUUCAAAUUCAGCUACUUCUGAACAAAAAUGUAGUAGUCAAUCAAGUUCUUCGUCAUCAUCAGAAGAAGGUGAAAGGAUCUUUCCCGACAAAGCAGAAGUAAAAUUAACUAUGUUUCAUAUUGAAACCAUUUCGGAGCAUCCUAAUGUGUCAAAUCUAAACAUCACAAAGAGUUCAGUAGAGGAAAGUUCACAGUUGGAACCUAUUUAUGAUGCCAGUCCUCCUUCCAUUAAGAAAAAUACUUCAAUUGCUUCAGAUAUGGUUCUAGAAUCUGAAACAGGGCAUGCCCCUAUGGAAAAUAAUCAAGACAUUACGAAGAAAGAACGAAUAUUUUCAUCAGUAGAUUCAAAAGAAUUGAGGCCUAUAACCGACACAAAUGAUCUCCAUGUCGCAAAAUUGGAGAUAUCAAAACAUGAUGAAGUCGCUCCUCCAGUUCUUGUAGCAGAUAUUCAAUUGCCCACAAAAGAGGCCACACCUGUUUCAAUGGAGAAAGCAGGGACCACGAAUGUGUCGAAAGUUGAUCCUGAGUCUGUUCUUAAGCCAUCUAAUACUAAGAUGGAAACUGAAGAAUCAGAGAGUUCGAAUAAUGCAAGCAAAAUAGAUCAUAAAGUUGUAAAACAAGAAGAUAAGGUAACUAUCACCGAAAAGUCAAAUCAUGAAGUUGAUUUGACUCAAGAGACAAGUGUAGUUUCUGGUGAUGUUGUAAACAACAAAGAAAACGACACAAUUCAAGUUCCAGUGAAUUCAAAAGAAAAUGUGGACAACUAGAAAAUCGAAAGAACAACAAGUAUCUUUUUCCUUCAUGUUUAGUAUAUGAGUAGUUAGCAUUCUUUUAUUUUUUCUUACUUGAAGAAUUUUUCUCAGCAGUAGUGUAGAUAGUGAGAGAAAAAGGGAUUGUUACUUGUUACAGAAAAACAAUAUACAUUUUGGCAUGUAAAACUUAGUUUCUAUGUAAAUAAUAUCGAAACAGUUGUAUUUUUUGGCAACAUUUUAAUUUUAACUUUUCACGUGGUA